AUGGUGGACUGUAAGCCGCUGGCUACUCCGGUUCCUGUGUCUUGUCCAGUGCCUAGUUCUAUGGCUCCCUAUGCGGAUCCCACACAGUAUCGUAGUCUUGCGGGUGCUCUUCAGUACCUUACUGUGACGCGUCUUGAUCUCUCUUUUGCUGUGAAUCGGAUUUGUCAGCACAUGCACUCCCUGACUACUGAGCAUUGGGUUAUGCUCAAGCGCGUACUCCGAUACGUGAAAGGUACCCUUCAUUUCGGUCUCUUUAUCCGUCUGUCCUCCUCUCUUGCUGUUCAUGCUUUCUCGGAUUCGGACUGGGCUGGUGAUCCGAGUGACAGGAAAUCCACCAGUGGUUUUUUGGUGUUUCUGGGUGGCAAUCUGAUCUCCUGGUCGUGUCAGAAGCAACGGACGGUGGCUCGAUCAUCUACUGAAGCUGAGUACAAGGCACUGGCUGAUGUGUCGGCUGAGGUCACGUGGCUAGUCUAUCUGCUUCGGGAGUUGGGCAUUUCGCUGGCUGUGCCUCCCAUUCUUUGGUGUGAUAAUUUGGGGGCGACAUAUUUAUGCUCUAAUCCGGUUUUUCAUGCUCGCACAAAGCACGUAGAGAUUGACUACCACUUUGUGUGUGAUAAGGUGGCUCAGAAGGAACUGCAAGUGAGCUUCAUCUCCACGAAGGAUCAGUUAGCUGAUGUGUUCAGUAAGGCCCUUCCUGGUCCUCGUUUCACGACUCUUUGUAACAAGCUCAAUGUUGUUUCCAGUCAACUUUGUGCUUGA